CAGAGCCGGGAGAGCAGCUGUUUGGAAUCAUGACUGAAGAUGACGGAUUCGGUUGUCGUGGAGGGACAAGUCAAAUUGAGAGAUGGAAAAAAGUGGAAGAGUAGGUGGGUCGCGCUCAGAAAACCCUCCCCAGUAGCAGAUUGUUUGUUAUUGCUAGUGUACAAAGACAAGUCAGACAAGACCAAAGGACACAAGGAGAGGAGCAACGUGACUUUAGAGGAUAUCUGUGGCUUGGACCCUGGACUCUCCUAUGAGGGGAUGAGUCACACGAUGGCAAUCAUCUGUUUGACACAGGCAGUAAUGCUGGGAUUCGAAAACAAGGAGGCGAUGUACGCCUGGGACAUUCGCAUCCGAUACAGUCUGGGAGAAGUCCACAGAUUUCAUGUAGCAGUGUUACCUGGCACCAAGCUGGAGAGUGGACCUGCUACGCUGCAUUUAUGUAAUGACCUCUUGGUUCUUGUAAGAGACAUCCCUCCAACAAUUAUUGGACAGUGGAAACUCUCAGACCUCAGGCGAUAUGGAGCAGUUCCCAAUGGAUUUGUCUUUGAAGGCGGGACAAGAUGUGGCUAUUGGGCUGGUGUUUUCUUUCUCGCCUGCGCCGAAGGGGAGCAGAUCAGCUUUCUGUUUGACUGUAUCGUUCGAGGCAUCUCCCCAACCAGAGGCCCCUUUGGACUACGGCCAGUCCUGCCAGAUCCUAACGCAAACCCUGCAAACAUGGAGGACAGAGUCACCCAUGAAGCACUGGAGCUGGAGAAGCGCCUUAGCCUUCUGUCUCACUCGAGUCGGCAGAGUAGCACAGCAUCUACUUCAAGUUAUGGUGUGUCUGUGGCACUGGGAGACGACAGAAGCCUGUCCAGCUCCUCAUCUGACACCAGUCACUUGGACGUGAGCACUGGGAGCCGGCUGACAAUGUGGCCGGAACCUUCCCUGGGAGGUGCCUCCGUGGAGAAUCAUGGACUUUCAGCAGUGAAAAGCAUGCAUCCCGGGGAGGAGAAAAUGUACGCUGAGGUCAUGCGUGGUUCUAAGCCGCCCUCUAAGCCUCCCCGACCCAGGAAACUGCAAGAAAUCGGCCGCCAGAGUUCUUCAGACAGUGGGAUUGCCACUGGAAGUCACUCCUCUUACUCUGGUAGCUUCUCUUCCUAUGCCGGCAGUCUGGAUAUCUGUCAGGGCGAUGAGUUUGGAUCCUUGUUUAGCCUUCCACUGAACUUUGCUUCAGAUCAGAACUUGUGCACUUGCCAGCCCAGUGAGCAUCCGAGGGCUGUGGGCUCCGAUUAUCAGAUUCCCAGCUCUCUGAGGCAUCUGUACGACACGCCUAGGAGUUUAUUACAGACAGCUGCAGCCAGGGAAGCGCAAUGCAAGAGUUGGGAUUCCACACUACUAAAGGACCAGGGCACCUCAACUCUACUUCAAAGUGUUGCAGACACCUACGAAAGCACCAGAGACUCAGAUGAGACGUAUGCGGAUUACGUUCCAAGGUGGUCAGUUGCAAAGCAACAAGGACAGUUGCUUGAAUCCAAAAGCAGCGAGGUGGCGCCAUCUGCUGGUGUCUCCACAGACCCUUGUGAAAUACACAGCCCCCACCUGGGAGUUGCAAGAGCUCUGUUUACUGCAUGUCCAGUCUGCGGAGGACUAAAGGGCACAACACUGCUAAAUCCAGGAGUCUUGUCCAUACCGGCUGUACCAGCAGGAUCUAAACGUGACAUAUCAGAUAAAAACUGUGGCAAGACUUUGCACUGCUCUAUGGAGUGUGCCGGCGCCCAGGAGAAUGAAAAAAACAGCAACGACAAUUUAGAAAACACAGGUGGACCAGAAAGAACUUGUGAAGACUGCAUUUAUGAAGUCAUUUGGGAAGCCAAAAGCUCACACAAGAUGGAGCCAGAAAGUGACAGAGACAUGGAACAGAACACUACGUACAAGGACCAUUGCAAGGGCUAUGUAGAUACAGGAACAACUCCUGACAAGUUAAAAAAUGUCUUGAACAAAAACCAGGAGAGAGAUUGUAACCAUUUCAGUAUCAGCAAUUAUUGCACACUUGGCAUCCCUGUUAACUCAAAUCCAAACACUUGUGGACAGAACCUAUAUGAACCCAUGACAUCGGCCCGAAGAAAUGUACUCUUAUCCAAAACAGAUAUUACAAAAACUAACAGACACUUAACUUAUCCAAAAAAGGAGCAGUUGCCGUUUAUGCACAAUGAUAUUGAAAAUGAGAGUAACUCCUUUACUGAAGAGGCCAGUGAACUAGAUUUUGAUGCACCUGAAGUAAAUUCAUCAUCAGCCAGCCCUAGACAAAAUGCUGCAAGUUUACAGAAACCAUUUCACAUUCUGAAAGUAAUGGACCCUACAGAUUCAAGAUUAGGCAAGAAAGAUCUGAAUGCAAUACUGGUUACCAAAGUACUAAUGAAUUCAUUUGGAACACAUCCAUAUUCACAUCCCCCUGAAGGUGACGACCCAAAGCAGGAGAUCAGUAGUGACACAGAGACUGAAGAAGAUAAGAAACCAAACAGUAAAGAGAAACAAAAAACAGAUCCGACCUAUGAGAUAAUGGAGGGACGGGGAGCAGAAAAGUCAACAGAGUCAGAUGGAAAAAGUGGUUAUGAAUUAAUGGCAAGCUCUGGACAACAGAAGAUCUUGCAUGAAACAGAAGGAGCUACUUCUUCAGUGGGUUCCUCUGGCAUGUUGAGGACACACAGAGAGCACAGUUCACUUGCAGAUCCAAGGAGAACCUAUGAGUUAAUGGCCUCUGCGGUUGAAUCCCCAAAGAGAUGUGAAUUUGGUCUUCUCGGAGAGUGUGGGGCCAUGUUUGCGUACCCAGUGGAUCUGCCUGUGCCUGACAGGCCCCGUGGUGAUGGAGUUACCUAUGUUAAUAUUCCUGUUAGCCCAACGUCAAAGAAACAGCUUCAUUACAUGGAAUUAGAGCGACAGGAACCUGGCUCUGGAAUUGGAGGUAACACAAUACAUCUCCAUAAACAUAAAGGAGGCUCCACUAAAUACGCUCAGAUUGAUAUCACUGCGACAGAGACAGCUCACAAAGUGGGAACCCAGCAUGCCCAAGGCAGAGAGGAGAGACUGCAGGAGCUGGAGCAGAAAAGGAGAGGGGCCCUGCAGUGAUCUGUUAGUGAAACCACCAUUUCAUGAACCGUACCUUACCAAAGACCAGGGUUUCACCUGAAUCACAACGCCAGGGCAAUCUAGAGAAUACAAUGACUGUAGAGGUGCACCAUGGCAGUUCCAUUCCAGCAAUGCCAUUUCUGAACCCACUGAAGGACUAUUGCAGCAUAGCACUGCCAAACAGUUUUGCAAUUAAAAAAUAAAUUAAUACAGAAACUGUUGUGACCUGCAUAUUGAACUUUUUUUUUUUUUGGUGCUGAAAUCGGUUUUAAAAACAAUACAGUACCAACAAAAGUACUGUAAGAGCAUGUUUAUACAUUAAUUCAGUAGCCUUUGAGUAAAAAAAAAACAAACAAAAAAACCAAAAAAAAAACCACACGUUAGUAC